AUGUGCCACAGCUCCAGCAUGCGUCCAUCGACAAAGAAGAGGCCCAAGAAUAAGGUUUCCAAGAUGCAAGCUAAGGAACCACAGGACAAGACACAUCAGCCUGUCAGCAAAGUAAUCGAGCGGAAUCGACUUAAAAUGGUACUAAAACACUUGUCGCUCUUGAAGCUGCUCAAAAGCUCGAACCCUCGGAUCCAAGAACUGCAUAACCUGGCCAGAAGGUGUUGGAAUUCACUGCUCAGGGUUCCAAAGAUCCUGGGGAUCUCCUCUGGGUACGACAAUGUCUGUGAUGAAGUGGAACAAAAUAACAAAGCGCUCCAGGAGGAGGCUGGGUGUUCCUACCAGAAACUGGACUCCAAGAACUUAAAGCCCACAGGGGAGCCUGAGGAGCCUGAGGAACCUGAGGGGCCAAGGCCCAGGGCACAGGAAGCUAUGCCACAGAAAGAGGAGCAGAUGGGGCCUGAGGCCCCGAUGGCAUCGCAGGGUCACAGCCUGACCACCGGUCCCGGAGCCCAGACAGGGCAGCCACCCACUGGGGACCCCCGAGUCAUCUUCCUGAAGACCCCCCAGGGCAGAACUCCCACGGAGGGUGCCAAACAGCCGGAAAGAGCGAACCAGCGGGUCUGGUUUGAGGGGCUGCCCACACGAGUCCACCUCCCAGGGCCCCGGGUGAUGUGCAGAUCCUCCGCCUUGCGCUGGGUCAAGCGCUGCUGCACCCGCUUCUGCUCGGCAUCAUUGGAGCUGCCGAUGGUCCAUCUGUACAAGGUGUGACACCACCACUGCCAGGCCAGGGUGGAACACUGGCCCCGAGCUGGGCCCAGAGCCAGGGCGUAGGGUCCAGAGUCUUGGGGGCUGUGGCCGGCGGUGCUGGGAGGCCCGACCUUCCGCCCAGAGAGGGAAGCCCAGAGAGGCGGAAGCCGUUGACCAAAGCCAUGCAGCAGGGCAGUGGGCCUCUCAGGACCCAAGCAGGGACUCUGGAGAAGGACGACACUGGGAACGUGGUCCUGAGGUGGGGUAUCCGUUGCCUAGAGGCCUGGGAGGGACCAAACUGCUGUGGUUCACAAUCUCAUUGAGAAAUGAGUCCAGGGAUUUCCAAAUGUGGGGGGAGGAGGGGAGAGGGAGAGGUCAAGUAGGGCUCUACUGCAUCCCAUCCCCUCUUUGAUCUACACUCUAUUGUAUUUAUUCAUGCCUCAAAUAAGACUUGGACUUCCCUGGUAGCUCGUCGGUAAAGAGUCCCCUGCCAAUGCAGGAGACCUGGGUUCAGUCCCCGGGUCGGGAGGAUCCCCUGGAGGAGGAAAUGGCAACCCACUCCAGUAUUCUUGCCUGGGAAAGACCAUGGACAGAAGAGCCUGGUGGGCUAUGGUCCAUGAGGUCCUAAAGAGUCAGACACCACUUAGGGACUAAAGCACCACCAGCACCACCACCAACCACAAAUAAGAUUUACUCUGAACAAAAAGUUCCUUAACAAAAGAAAUAUUUCAGCCCCUUUGCUGAGUUUCCAAGAAAGGAAGAGGGUGAGGGGCCUGGGAGUCCAGCUGAAAGGAGGCUGCCCCAUCAGCAAAGCUGGCAUCUCCUAUGGGCCCGAUGCCGCAGCGCCCCGGUCCCCGAGCCCUCUCCCUGGCCCGCAGCGCCCCCUGGGGGCGGUCUUAACUCCCGACUGACGCUGAGGUCUCUGCUCGCAGGUGUGACCUUGGACGGGAGCCCGGGAGCCCGAGGUGUGCGGGAGAUGGCACAAUCAUGGACCGGGAGGGAAGGGCGGGAGAAUUCGUGAGUCUACAAAUAAAAUAUCCUAUAUGCCACCGGCUCUGCCUGUUUUUCUGGGGCUGGACAGGAUGGAGGAAAGUCUCUCCGACAAGGUAAGGGCUGGGGGUGGGGGUGUGAAUCACUACUUCAGGGUAAUCUCAGUCUACCCCCAGGUCCCUGACGUCAGUGUAGAACCUGAAACAAAGAAGCCAGUGGGCUGUUCCCCUCCCCCACUCCGCAAGCUGGCCUCCUGAGCUGGGCACUCCAUGAAGUCAUAGAAGGGGAACGUUUGUGUGCUUCCUGGCUGCCCGGUGCCUCACAAUGACCCUGUGAGGCUAGGAGAGGAGGAAACCACUGCGGCUCCAAGAUGGGACGGUCCUCGGAAGUGGCACAGUAAGACCUCUAAACCAGGUCUCCCGGCUGCUCCCCAUUCCACCUCCCAAGGGGAAAAGGGACAACACAGCAUCCAGCCCGUCAAACACGUGCGUUGUGCCCUGAAUAUCACGGAGCUGGAUGUCAGUAGAUGUCAGCUGGAAAUGCCAACUGUGCCCCUCCUGGGUCACGGGAAGCACCAGUCAGGCUGGGAAUUGGUUUUUUGUCUCACUGCUCCCAUGUGACAGACACAGCACGUCCAACCUCCAACCCCACAUCCGGUCGGAGUCACCCCUGCUGUCGGUAGAAGCCACAGGGCCCUGAAUGUGCCAUUAGGGAGAAGAAAACCGAGGGGGCCCAGGCUUUCUCUGGAUGAAGACUGUCAUCCUCUAUCUGCCCCUGGAGGCAGGCAGGUGCCCUCGGGAAAGCAGCAGCGCCACCGAAGGGCGCAGAGCCUCCAACCCCACCCCCAGGGAGUCAGGGCAGUGAUGGAGACCCUCAGAUUGGGAGGGAGGGGGAAGGACAGGAGAGGCUCCCACUGAAUCCACAGGUUCACAUCCCUCCUCCCCACUGGGGCCCAGCACCGUGACUGAGUAUCCCUGGGGUGGGCAUCAGCAGAAACCAAGCCACCGCAGACAGCCUGGCAUGGGACCACUCUGUACCUCACUGCCCUCCACCUGUGGUCACCAGGUGCAGAGUUCCCGUCCCGGGCAUCCCGCCCCUCUCCCUCCAUGCACCUUCCAUUCCUGCAACCCCCACCUCAAGCUAUACACCCACUCAGCCCACAAUCCAGCCUGACUCCUGGGUACUCCCCAUUUCGACUCCCUUGCCCAGCAUCAUCAAUCCCAUCAACCUUCUACUCAACCUUUCCUCCCAAGUGCCUUCCAUUCUGUCAAACUUCAAGUAACCUUCUGUCCAGUGGGCUAUCAGCAAGCAAUCAGAGCAACGAGCUCCCAAAUCAACCAACCAACCCUGGGGGCAAGGGGGGCUAUGCUAAUCUUCAUUCCAAUCUUCCCCCAGGGAGCCCCACGUAGGGGAUGAAAAGCCCUGAGCCUAAGGAAGAUUGGCAACUCCUGCUUUGCCCAACUGGGAGCUAGAGCUGGGCCUGAGUGGCCCAUGGAGAGGCCAUCGAGUGAGCAGACAGGAGCCUGUGUGCCUAGGCUGGCUGGGACCCAGUGGCCAGUGUGCUGCAGGGGGAGGCAGGAUGCAGGCCUCGUGCAUGUGAAUAACUUCCAGCAGUUCGCUCCUUGGAGCCUUAUCCCUUCUACCUGCUGGCAUUUAGGCUCAGGCAACCCGCCUCCCAUGAUCCCAGAACCAGGGUCUCCCCACUACCAUUCUCCUUUUGUUUAACGACCUCAACCUGAGGCUCCUCUUCAGGGAUCAGUUAGAUCCUGAUUUGGGCAGGAUGCUGCGAAUGAUCUCGGAGAUAAACUGACUAUAGGAGAAACGGCUACCCAACAGUUAACUAGGGGAAA